AUGGCGUUUUUGAGUCUUAUUUUUAUGUCGCCAUUAAAACUCAUUCAGUUGCCUCAUGAAGUCCUCGCCAAAGCAAUGUUCUGUGCUGCCGCAUCAUCGAAAGAGAAGUCAGCUGCACCUCCCAAAGAGAAGCAAUCCAAAGAGAAGUCAGCUGCACCACCCAAAGAGAAGGAAUCAUCGUCCAAAGAGAAGCAGAAGGACCCGCCAAGUCCUAAACAGAAACCCCCCCAGCCGAAGACACUCCUAGUCUACCGUUACAACCCGGAAACACCACAAAAUAAACCGCACAUGCAGAAGUUCGAGAUCGACAUGAAUAAGUGCGGGGGAAUGGUGUUGGAUGCGCUGACGUUCAUCAAGGCGGAGAUUGACCCCACGCUGUCUUUCCGGCGCUCGUGCCGGGAGGCCAUCUGUGGCUGCUGCGCCGUCAACAUUCGCGGCGUCAACUCGCUCGCCUGUAUCACUCCGCUGGCGGGCAAGGAGAAAAUCCUGCGCGUGUACCCGCUGCCGCACAUGUACGUGUUGCGCGACCUCGUCACCGACCAGACGCACUUCUUCGCGCAGUACGCGCGCUCGCAUGCAUUUUAUGUUCUAUGUCACCCUGCGGUUCCUUGGCGUGGCCGUCGCUCGUGGAUAGGACGGGCUGUACGAGUGCAUUCUGUGCGGCUGUUGCUCUGCGUCGUGCCCGGCCUACUGGUGGCAUUACGAGAAGUUCCUGGGCCCCGCUAUUCUCAUGCAGGUUCAUAUCGUUUAUAUGUUUUAGAGUAA